AUGCCGCUCACUCGGAUACGGCGAGCGGUCGGUGUCGUAAGUCUCCUCUCUGCUGAGGUCGCUCAUCAACCAGCAUUUGGUGCCGACGCAGCGUGGGGAACGGAGUCGUGCAGAUGUGCAGUGUUGUACUCGGGGCACGUGCGAAGCUUCGUACAGCCGCGGGUCCACCUUUCUCACAAGAAGAAUCUGAUCGAGCAACUGGAGAUCGACUGCCAUGUGGAUGUCUUCAUGCACAUAUCAGUCGAAGACGAGGUUCCGCGUCGAUAUCGCAAAGGCGACUUCGAAGAUGCUCUGGCCUUCACCCCUCAUACUCCCCAAGAAACUGAAGUCGAGCAUGCGGUGGGGAUACUCAACCCACUCUCCAUCGAAUACCACCAGGAGCAAGCGGGCUAUAUCCCCAACGGGUGCGAGACCGGCUGCGAGAUAAACGCCUACUGGCAACUAUACAAAAUGAAGGCUGUGUACCGCAUGAUGGAGGAGCACGAGGCCACUACUGGACUGUCUGGGCAUGCAGCUGCGGUUGAAACCCGCAACAAACUCUCUGUUUACCACCACCAGCAACAGCCAUUGUCAGCACUCAUUGUUUUCCAAGGCGUCGCAUCAUUUUUCUGGCUUUGGAAUACAUGUAGUACCGGCCCUCAUCAACACACCAUCGAUCGGCCCAGCCGACAAUUCUACAGCAUCAAACCCGUCGUUUCGGCCCAAUGCUCUCGAACAAGGUACACGUGGGUGAUUCGCUCCAGGCUGGACAUCUCGUGGAUGCUCCCGAUGCCGCCGUUGAGUCGAUUCCCGCCGACCCGCGUGUACGUAGGCCACAACUUUUUUCCCCUCGCCGAUCAGUUCCUGCUCUCGCCUCGGAGGUUCGCCCAGAGCAUAUUCGGGGCGGUCAGCCUGUGCUACGAUUGCCAAGCCCUCGAGGCCCACCGUGAGUCCAAGGUGCCGGCGCAGGUGGAGGGUCUCCUGCGCGUGGCGCUGCGGCGAGGCCACGGCCACGGCGCCGUCCCGUUCGGGUACUACGAGUUCCCCGUGGCGAUCGUGCGGAGCAACGAGGGCGGCGUCUGUGAGGUGUUGCACCCGCACAAACUUGCGUGCGAGAUGCUGCGGACGUCCGGCUUAAUGGGCCCCUUGACAGCGGCGACAGGCGACGGGCAGCCAUCAUCCUGCUUGGAAAUGAUGAACCGGUGGCACCGACAGGCCUGCGUGGAAAUGUUCCCGCCCCACGACUAUCGUACGGAAGGCGGGUCGGAGGCAACCGCGGACGGUGGAGAGGGAAAAAAGGCCAGAUUGGUCGGCGGCGAGCCCGGAGGCGGGAGGGAGCUCCGUGAUGCCGGAAGGGGUGGAGGGGAGGAUGAGCAACGCCAGCCCGUUCCCAAAGUUCACCGUAGCAAGGAUGGAGGUGAAGCACCAUGGGCGGGUGCUGCCGGUGGAACUGCUGCUGCAGAAACCCUGUCCUUCGAAGAGGCCACCCGGCGGGUCGAAGGGGUCAACGAGAACCUCAGCGAUCUGCUCGGAGCGAUGAGGAUACACGUCUCCCCUACGCAAGAACGACUGGAGUACUACGUGGCCCACCACUACCCUUUCCACCAGGUCAACCCCCUCCGCGGGCCCGACCGCGGGGCUCUGGAUCAAAUCGCAGUCAUCGAGGGCUACCAAAUGUCUCAGGCAGACUUCAACCGACUCGCCCUUUCAUUCUCGUGCUUCCUGUCGGAUGCCACCGCCACCGCCGACGGGAAGGAGGACGGUUCGCCACGAGAACCUGGCGAGAGACGAGGCCCAACUUUCGAUCGUUUCACCGACCAAGGGGGGAAAAGGGAGGCCGCAUCGUCAUUGUCGCAGGUUUACGAUGAUGGUGAGGGAACGGGCGGUAGGGGCGGUGAUGUCGAGGACAUCGAAGAACACGUCCUGGUGCUGAAAACAACGGCUGACGAAGAGAAAGGACUGCAAGCGACCGUGAACUGCUCUUUGAUAGAAUCGCUGCAUGACGUCUGGGUGUCGUUGCUCGACAACAAAUUCGAGCCAUCGGAGGAGAUUUGUCGCGGACCCGCCGGGCCUUGUUUGCACACGGCAACGCCGAAAGAAGCCUGUUAG